AUGAUAGCUGCAAUUUUAUUAUUCUUUUUGGGAUUUUCAUAUGAACAAUUAUUCUAUAAGAAUAUCUAUUACUUUUUGAUUGUCCUGCAAUUUAUUGAAUCCUUUGUGUAUUGGCUUCUCAGUGAAUAUCUAUUAGAAGAAUAAACACUCAUCCAACCGUUGAUGGCCUGUUUGGAAGUGGUCCAAUUCAUCAUGUUUAUGGCUGCUGAAUCUUUCUAGGAAUUUGUUAUCUCCUUCGUAAUCAGACUCUCCCUAAUCAUUGUGUUCAGAACCUACAUCAAUCCGAUCAUAAGGAAUUUCAAACAUUUUAAAAAGAAGCUGAUGAACUUCAUGAAUAAAUGGCAACCUUUCUUUAGUUUGGAAUAAGAAUAAGAGAAACAACCAGAAGACAAUAUCUCAUUUUAUUUAGGAUAACACACUGAUUCCAAAUUCACAGAAGACCAAUCAGUUGAAUACGUUAUCCAAAUGACUCUGGGUUUCAGUAGUAAGGUUCAUGCAAUCUUCAUCAAACCUAUUGUUUUGGUAUUCAUCAAAUUAUUUGAGAAAGAGUCUUAGAUUACUAAUAAUUACUACAUUGGUUUCAGAGAGUUUAAUUAUUAUAUCUACUUUGCGUUUUUUGUCAUCAUCCCUUAAAUCUUUAUAGACAUCUAUGUUUUGAAUAGUUUAGAGAUGAUCUAUGGAUUUAAGUUAUUCGAUUACUUUGAUUAUUGUAAAUAUCGAAAUGAUUUCAGAAUCCAAAAGUUCUUUGAACACUCCCUAACUUAUGAUCGUAGUAUUGAUGCCUAGUAUCGAUCUAUUGAUAAUAUGAAAUUCACAGAUCAGUUCUAUUAUAACGGCAGUCUCGUCAUAUAUAGCAUACUCCUUUGCAUUCUCGGAACCACUAUUAUGAUCAGAAACAACUAUGUUCUGUAUUAAGACCCAGCCAUUUUCCUAAUCAUCCUCUUUAUCUAUAUCUUUAUUACCUUGCUCUAAAACAUGAUGUUGUACAUCUGGAAUAAAAUAGAUGUCUGGAAGAUUAAAGAUACAAAGUAAAAGUUAAAUUUGGAUUCCCUCGAAGAAUUCUUAAAUCCUGCAAAGGAAAAUAUUGAAUAAAUAAUAGAGGUUGAUGCUUUCAAAAAGCAUUUCAUUAAAUUAAACAAAGAUUGGCUAGUCUCUAAUAUGGAAUUGUUUAUAAAUGUAGAUCAAUUCACAUAGCAUGAUGAAUUUCUAUUGUAGACAUACUAAUUAUUAUUGAAUGAUGAGAGGAAAGCUUAAAAAGAAAUUAUUAGGAAUGAGCAAAUGAUUAAGAAACAAAAGGAAUUAGAAUUGAAAUCCAAGAAAAAGAGGAGGAAGACAUCACAAUCAUAAUCCAUGAUUAAAUCUCAAAGAGAUAUUGAAGAAAUAGAUGGAUAUUAACAUACGAUUAGAAUCAAAAGAUCUUAGGCUGAAAAUUUAAGAAAGAUUGUAUCGAUUUGGUAUUACAAGGCAAAACAGACACUCUUCUUAAAAUACUUGGUGUCAGAUGUUUUAGCCCAAAAUCAGGCUGAACAUUGUAAAAGGUGUGGUUUAGACAUCGAAUUAAGAGUAGUUGAAUUGAUACCAUUUGAAAAAAUGUCAAAUCAAUUUAAAUACAGAAUUAUGGGAACUCCCUUUAAUAAAUUUGAAUGGAUUAAAUACUAUGAAACCCAUUAAAAGUUUGUUACUCUAUGUAUUGAUUGUGAGAAUGCUUAUAAAAGUAGAUUUCUAUAAAGAUAAAAUUAAAGUGCAAACGAUGUGGCCAAAUUGGCAUCAUAGAACUUUGUAGCUAAAGCAUUUGUAUUUAAAUGGCUUUAUGCUGCUAGAGCUAGAAUGCUACACAAAAAGUCAUUAACAGUAGAAAAAUUAACCUAUUGA